AUGAGGAGCGCUGGUGCCUGGCAUAGUGGCCACAGGAGCUCGUCCUCUUCAUACGGAGGAAAUAACUUUUCCAGUACAACUUCCACACAUUCCAGCAAUCAAUCUGGUUCCUCUGGUCACAUGAGCACGGCUGGUUCCGGUGGACAUCAUGGCGGCCAUUCCGCAAAUAAUAGUCCAAAGUCGAGUUCCACUUCAUCUAGUAGUACAAGUCAGACAUCCUCAUCAGGAUCUAAAGCGUCCAAUCAAACUUCAGGUUCCGGUAUGAGCAGCACGGCAGCCAGCACGGCAGCCAGCACAGCAGCAUCUACCGCUGCAGGUACUGCCAGUCACCAAAAACACACCACAAAACAGUCGGGUACCACGGCUAAAUCUUCAAGCAGUAAUUCUGGAAGUCAUCCAGUCAGCUCUCAUCAAUCCGGUAACCAUUCAAGUAACCAGUCCGGAAGUAGCUCUGCGUCUGCACACACAACAAAGAAAGCUCAGCAUCAUAACCACCACCACCGCACAACCAAGGCAGCUGCUAAAGCCACAACUACUCAUAAGCCGACAACACACAAGCCUACGACCACACAAAAACCAACCACUACACAUAAACCUACAACUAAACAUAAACCUACACAACUACACACACAAACCUACAACUACACACCAGCCAACAACAUCCACUACCACCACAGAAAAGCCAACAACCACACAAAAGCAAACUACUACACACAAACCAACAACAACGACAAAAGCAACAACAACAACAAAACCAACAACAACCACUGCAGCCAAAACUACAAAGAAAUCAAGCUCCUCCCAUUCUUCCAUUUACGUUCCUCCCAUCAGUCUGGUUCCCAUUCUUCUUCAAGCGGAAGUUCAAGCUCUCAUCAGUCUGGCUCUGGGCAACAGUCGGCAUCAAAUAAAACGAGCUCUAAUCAGCACAUGACUAAACCAAUGGCGCCACCACACAUGACCCAACCAACGGCGCCACCACACAUGACAAAACCAACGGCACCACCACACAUGACAAAACCAACAGCACAACCACAUAUGACCAAACCAACGGCGCCAUCACACACGACAGGGCCAACUACCCCAAGAAUGACAAAGCCAACUGUGGUGUCCGUGUCCAGCACACCAGUACCAGAUACUACAACAACUGCACAAGGACUGACAACGACAUGGAAAGACUAUGUAGAGAUGGUACCUGAGGCUUCUUAUUCAACGACAACAACAACAAAUCAAGCGCAAAAUUGA